CAUUUUAAUUAUCUUUAAAUGAUUUCAAAUAGGUUUUCAGUUUUGAUAGUAUUAACAGCUUGUUUCAACCAUGGAUUAGAUGGCUCUACCUUAUCCUUUGACAAUGGUAAUUUUCAUGUUUCUUGGAGGUACGAAAAAGACCACGAUGAGUUGCAUUUCGAACUCAACGUAAAGACAGAGGGAUGGGUUGGAUUUGGAUUUACCUUCACACCAAAAAAAAUGAACAACUAUGAUGUGAUUAUCGGUGGAAAGACCCGGGCAGGAACUCCCUAUUUGAAUGAUUUUUUCACUGUUGGGCUCACUACUCCAGUCUUGGACUUGAAGCAAAGUUACAUGUUGGACAUGGCCUCGAAGCAAGACGGGAUCACAACACUCCAUUUCCAUCGUCCAAGGAUCACGAGUGAUUCAGAGGAUAUUCAGUUUAACAUGACCACCAGUGUGUUCAUACUGUGGGCGUAUAAUAAAAUCGACGAUGCACGCGACCCAAGCAGCUUCAGCAAACAUUCUCGGAAGGGUUACAGUAGUGGACCUCAUAGAAUCGUAGUUGAAGCUAUUCCAACGGUCGAUGUUUCAAGUCAAGACAGUACGAAGCUCACAACAUUUCACCUGAGCACACCGCCUCUCGCAACGCUAAAACCGGCAAAAGCCUUGGGAUUUCAACUAAACCUAAGCACCAUGACCAUGGCAAUAGCCUUUACUCUGAACCUCUUUGUUCAAUUGGUACUCAAGUAACAUAGGAUUUAUUGCAAGGAGCUGCCAAGAAGUUAAGGAAUCUUUCCAGUGCUAUUGUUGUAUGCGCUUACAACUUAUCAUCGGUAACAUUUUACGACACUCAAAUCAUGAAAAAGAACGAUUUAAGCGUGUCGUAAUUAGUAAGGAUCAUAACGAGGUCAAGCCCUGAAAGGUUUCCAUCUGCUAACUGGCUUAUAUCUAAUAUACACAAUUUGUUGCUUUGUUUUUAUCACACGUAAAAGCUUACUCAAAACCUAAGUGUGUUUACAUUGUCAAUGGCAAUUUGGCUUAUUAACGAAGUUACGAGAGGCCAUCGGUUGGUUUUUUCCGGCUCAAUCCGACUUUUUUUCUACUAUCGCAACCUUCAACUUGUUAUUUUA